AUGAGGUUAGCCUCCUCUCAAGUACGAUCACUGAGCACUAGGUCUGAAAAAGAUUUUGAACGGGUUAUUUCGGUAUAUCAGUUAUGGAAAAAGUACAAGUUUCGAUUCGAUGAAUUGACGUCUCCACAAGAGCCAGCCAUCGAUAUCUCAAGAAGUGAUAGAAAACACGACUAUUAUGAGCACAUUUCUCUGGUUCCAGGAUGCCCUCGAAUCGCUUUAGAAGCUCCGACUGGAUUCAUUCAAAAAGCGAAAACCAAUGUGAAAGGAUACAUGAGAAAUGCUUUUGUACGCGGAAUUGGUCUCCAAGAUGAUAAAGACGACUUUAUCGAGCUGUGCAACUCAACUUUUUUCGAAAUUUUGAGAGCGAUGAGAGAAGAAGACUUUUCCAAACUUUCGGAAGUCACACUUGGUGGAAAUGAGACACUUCAGUUUCAUCGUUCGGCCGCUCACAAGCUCACAAAAGUUCAGAGAGAAGCAUUGAAUAUCACACAAGAUGACUUGCUCGGUGACAAUGGUCACAUAAUCAGGCAGCCGUAUUUGAAAUAUGAAGUCGGACCAUACAUACAUAAUAUAGAUUUCACGAAUGUUGAUGCCGCGGGGAAUACAUAUCCAGCUGCAGGCGAAAAUCAAGGAGACAAAGUAUUGUGCCGGUACAAAGUAGUCAUUGGUGGAGUUUAUAAAUUCGCCUUGCUUCGUAAAGAGAUGGAGAAAGAAACCGGUUGGGACCAUAAAAUCAAAACUCCUAAAGAUUACGGCUUCAAAUGGCCACGAUACACAAUUGUCGAAUUGGAUAUAUGUCAAUGGGCACAGAAUAAGAUGCCUAUCAAAUUAGAUGUUAAUAGAGAUAUAUAUGAUUUUCAUGUAUUCUCAUUUUAA